GGUUACACUAUAAGAGUGCUGAGCGAGCCUUGUCUUAGACAUCUCCUUUCUGACUCGCUAUCAACCCAGUUGACUUUGUUGACGUCCAGCCUCUUUCACCGCGCCGAAGCCGAACCAUUUACAAUCAUCAUGCCUUGUGACUUGAGCGGCAAGUGGGUGUAUGCCAGUGGCGAGGGUAUGGGUGCCCUGUUUGACAAACUAAACAUCCCAGCUGACAAGCGUCCUUCAGACCCCUCCUCUACCGUAGAGAUUACACAGAGUGGAGACAACUUCUGCAUCACGACAACCACCCCGGAUGGAAAGAGUCGCGAGGCAAAAUUUACCAUCGGUGUUGAGUUUGUGGAUGAGGAGAUCAAGGUUUUGCGAGGGAAGGAGAUCAAAGCCACGCCCUGCUGGGAGGCGGAAAAGUUGGUUCUGAAAGGAUCAGGAGGCAAUGGCUCUGUGUCACGUGAACUCCUUGGAGGUCAACUUGUCCUGACCUUUGACGUCAUGGGAAUCAAGGCAACACGUGUCUUCAACAAGGCCUAAGCGCCGAAUUGAAUUCAGCAUCAACCUUGUUCUGGUUUCCUGGUUGAUAAUUCGGAUUUAAUGUAUUGGUUGUUAACUUAUUAAAAAAAAAUUAAGAUAAUUGUAAAAAAUACAAGAAUCAAAUGACAAAAUGUUUGUAGAAAAACACCAAAAUUUAGAUCCUUUGCUUUAGUGCAAUAACAUAUCAAUGACAGAUACAAUGAAUCUGGACCAUCGGCUUCAAUGAAUAAAACAACAUGCAUUUUGCACCAUCGUCUAAAAGGUUUACAGAUGUGUUGUGAUGUGUUUAUGAACAUAGUAUUUGAGGAUUCUAAAGUGCCUCAUUGCCCAACUAUACAACUGCCAUUUUUUUCUUCUCCAUUUUAGGCCAUUCCCAGUUCUACUUAAUAUUAACUGUAAUACCGGGGUUUCUCUCCACUUAUUCAGCUGACAUGAUAUCCGUUGAAGAGGAUAAACUGUUGCUUGUCUGGUUCACGUUGUCAAUGAAAGCAUUUGAUAUU